AUGUUAAGAUUAACACAAAAAUUAAUUAGUUAAAAUUAAAAAAUUUAUAAUAAAGCUCCAAUACUUUGCAAUGUGGUAUAAUUCAAUUAUGCUCCUUAAAAAGUGUUCCCAAGAGAUGAAAAACAUGGUUAUUUUGCAAAUCCAGAUGAUAUAUCAAGAAGACUUGUAAAAUUAAUUGCAUUACAUGAUAGAGUCAAAAAUCCACAUGAAAUUACUUUAUAAUCUACAUGGGAAUCUGUCGGAGUUGAUCCUUUGACUUUUGUAGAAAUUAUGGUCGAAGCAGAAAGAGAAUUUUGCAUUGAAAUUGCGGAUGAAGAAUUAGAAAGAAUGAGAACUAUAGAAGAUGCAGUUGAGCAUAUUUCAAGAAACUUUUUCACUGUAUGA